AGCCUGUGGUUCCAAAGAGAAUUCAGUUUAGGCAGUAAGAAGAGGGGUUGUCAUAAAGUGACAGAUGAAAUUGUGUCAAAUUUACCAGAAAUACAACAAUAUAAAAUGGGUCUGCUGAAUAUUCAUAUAAAGCAUACAUCAGCAAGCAUAGUGUUAAAUGAGUGUUGGGAUUCAGAUGUCAGGGUAGAUAUGGAGAUGAUGCUGAAUAAACUAGUCCCACAGGGCUUACCAUACAAACAUUCUUGUGAAGGACCAGAUGACAUGCCAGCACAUGUGAAAGCAGCAUUAUUGGGGAGCAGUGUGACAAUACCCAUCUCAGAUGGACAGUUAAAUAUGGGCACGUGGCAGGGAAUAUGGUUAUGUGAACACAGAGAUAGAGCU